GUGGAUCACGGGUGUUAUGUAGGGAAGUGUAGUGCCGAUGUAUGUUAGUGUAUGCGGUCUGGAGUGCUGGACUUUAGACUGUGUGGAGAAAUGGAGUCUGUGUGUUCAUUAGAGCAACGCGAAAGCAGGCCCACCUCUCUCCUGUACUACUACUAAUGGUUGUUGUUACAUAAGUUAACGAGUUAAUCGAGGACAUGAUGAUAAUGCACCGUGCGGAGUGACGGUCGCACACUGGCUUAGUUCUUCAACACCACAGCAGCUUGCGGCGAGACACGAGUGGUGCGAAACACAGCGAGCAGAAAUGUCUCAGCUGCUGGACUCAGCGGAGAGCACCCCUCUGCUGAAAGGGGCUGUCGGCAGUGAUGGUAACAUGGAAGAUGGAUGUAGUCGGUGGAAGUCCAUUCGAGUCAUGUAUUUUACCAUGUUCCUCAGCAGUGUUGGGUUCUCUAUUGUAAUUACAUCAGUUUGGCCCUAUCUACAAAAGAUAGAUGACAGUGCCAACGGCAGCUUCUUAGGCUGGGUGGUUGCAGCCUACAGUCUUGGCCAAAUGGUGGCGUCACCGCUCUUUGGCCUGUGGUCAAAUCGAAGGCCCAGAAGAGAGCCUCUCGUAUGCUCCAUUCUGAUCAACGUAGCAGCCAACAUCCUGUACGCCUAUGUACACCUGCCGCCUUCCAACAGGAAGUACUUCAUGUUAAUUGCUCGUGUCUUCGUGGGCUUCGGUGCAGGAAACGUAGCGGUGGUGAGGUCCUACGUAGCUGGGGCCACGUCACUCAAGGAGAGAACCAGCGCCAUGGCCAAUAUGAGCGCCUUUCAGGCCUUGGGAUUUAUACUGGGACCAGCGCUGCAGGCAGGUCUGUCCUUCAUUGGGGAGACGGGGGUGUCCAUUGAGGUUAUCGACCUGCAGUUCAACAUGUACACUGCCCCUGCACUCUUGGCGGCAUUCCUUGGUAUCAUUAACAUCCUGCUUGUUGUCCUGAUUUUAAGGGAGCACCGUGUGGACGACCAUGGGAGGCAGAUCAGCGCCAUCAAUUACACUUCAGAAGAAAGAGUGGAUGUAACCGAUGACACUGAUGGCAGCAUUGAUCAUAUUGCUGUGGUGACUUCAAAUAUUAUUUUCUUUGUCGUUCUCUUCAUUUUCGCCACCUUUGAAACGAUUGCUACCCCUCUGUCCAUGGACAUGUUUGCCUGGACCAGAAAGCAGGCCGUGCUGUACAACGGAAUCAUCCUGGCUGCCAUCGGCUUCGAGUCUAUCCUCGUCUUUCUCGUAGUUAAGAUCAUCUCACAAAAGGUUGGAGAUCGCCCAGUGCUCUUGGGAGGACUCAUCGUGACAUUCUUUGGGUUCUUCAUCUUGUUCCCUUGGGGAAACGUGUACCCCAAGAUCCAGUGGUCAGACCUCCAGAACAGUUCGAGCCACGGAGGUCCAUCCAGUCCGCAGCCUAUCUCCAAUUCUUCUGUGGAGCCGACGGGUUGCCCCCCUGAGCAGACCUGGUGCCAGUACACCCCCGUAAUCUACAUGGCCCAGUACUUCGUGUCAGACAUCUUUAUUGGGGUCGGCUAUCCAGCCUGCAACGUCAUGUCCUACACACUGUACUCCAAGGUCAUUGGGCCAAAGCCCCAGGGUGUGUACAUGGGCUGGCUCACAGCUUCGGGCAGUGGAGCGCGGACCCUGGGUCCCGUGUUUGUCUCGCAGGUCUACACCAACCUGGGCACACGCUGGACCACCAGUCUUCUCUGCGGAGUGCUGUUUGCAGCCAUCGUCCUUCUAGCGUGCAUGUAUCGCCGUCUCAUUGCCUUCUCCGUUCGCCACGGCAGGAUAGAAGAGCCCUGACAUCCCCCACAAGGACAUGCGGACACCUUGUCUCUCUUCUAACUUAGAACAACACCUGGAAGUGCUUUUGAGGAAUGCAAACUGUUGAUUACGACUAAAUUUAAAUUUAAUAACUUAACUGUCCUGGGAAGCUGAGGUUUCUGAGGCGGAGGAAUCUCUUGGAAGAAUUCUGAAAGGAUCUGAUUGCACUUUACUAAUUUUCUAAAUGCUUUUAAUUUGUGGGGAAAAAGGUACUACUUUCGGUUUUUAACUUUUUUUUUUUU